AUGGCGAAACAAGUGACUAAAAAGGUUUCCAAGAAGGAUUUGAAGGCUAAGAAGGUUGACAAGAAGGCCGAAAAGAAGGCAGUUGAAUCUUCGAGUUCAUCAUCGUCUUCGUCUUCGUCUUCGUCUUCUUCGGAAAGUGACUCUGACAGCUCUUCUUCUGCUUCCUCUUCGUCCAGCAGCAGCGACUCUGAAGAUGAGAAGAAAUCCAAGAAAACUAAAAAAUCUGUUGAGAAAAAAGAGGUUUCCAAGAAAGCUGCGGCCGCCGCCGCUGCGGCCGCCAGCUCUUCCAGCUCGUCGGCCAGCUCUGAUUCUGACAGCGACUCCGGUAGCGAAUCAGACACCGAGUCCAGCGACUCGGAUUCCAGCUCCAGCUCUGAAAACGAAUCUGAAGAUGAAAAACCUGCUGUGAAAAAGCCUGUCAAGGCCGAAAUCUCCGUUUCCAAGAGCUCUUCGUCGUCGUCCAGCGACUCCGAAUCCGACUCUUCUUCUUCUGGGUCGUCUUCGUCUUCCUCUUCUGGCUCUGGUUCUUCUUCUUCUUCUGAGUCCGAAUCGGAAGCCGAAACUUCGUCCAAAAAGCGUAAGGCUGACGAUUCGAGCUCUUCCUCUUCUUCCUCAGAGGCCUCUUCUGAAUCCUCCCCUGAGCCAAAGAAGGCCAAGACCGAAUCUACUGGCGAACCAGCCACCCUUUUCGUCGGCAGACUCUCCUGGAGCAUUGACGACGAGUGGUUGAAGACCGAGUUCGAACCAAUUGGUGGUGUUGUUGGUGCCCGUGUCAUCUACGAAAGAGGUACCGACAGAUCUCGUGGUUACGGUUACGUGGACUUUGAAGACAAGAGUUACGCCGAAAAGGCCCUAAAAGAAAUGCAAGGCAAAGAAAUCGACGGCAGACCUAUCAACUGUGACAUGUCCACCAGCAAACCUGCCGGUAACCCAAGAGCGGACCGUGCCCAAAAAUACGGUGACACCCCAUCUCAACCUUCGGACACUUUGUUUUUGGGUAACUUGUCUUUCAACACCGAAAGAGACAACGUUUUCGAAAUUUUCUCUGAACACGGUGAAAUUGUUUCCGUUCGUCUUCCAACUCACCCAGAAACUCAGCAACCAAAGGGUUUCGGUUACGUGCAGUUUUCAUCUGUGGACAGUGCUCAAAAAGCGCUGGACGCUCUACAAGGCCACUACAUUGACAACAGACCUGUGAGAUUGGACUUCUCCACUCCAAAGCCUCCUCAAGACGGUAACUCUCGUGGUUUCCGCGGCGGUCGCGGCGGUGCCGGUGGCCGUGGUGGUGCUGGUGGUCGUGGCGGUCGUGGUGGAUUCAGACCUUCUGGUUCUGGCUCCAACUCGUCGCCGUUGGGCCAAUCAAGACAGUCUGCUGCUUUCCAAGGUAACAAGAAGAAGUUCGAUUAA